UCUAUUCCGCCGUGACGCCGAAUACAAAUGGAGUGUGCGGUGUAAUUUUGCGUGUAAAAUAAAAACACAAUAGAAUAACGCAACCCGUAGAGGCGUAGACGGGGAGACCGCAGUUAUUGAGGAUCAAUUUGGGAACAUAGAAUAGAGUCGAAAAGAAAACUAUAGUCCUGAUUAACGAAGGCAGCAGGAGAAGAAUUAAGAAAGAGACAGAGAGAGAUGCCGCAGCCGAGCAAGGAGCCCUGCAAGAAAGAGGCCUGCGACAUUCAAGCUUGCCUAUCCAAGAAUAACUUUCUCCCUCAAAGGUGCAUGAAACCUAUUGAACUGCUGAACUCCUGUUGUGAGAAAUGCGAUUUUAAGUCAACUCACUGUGCUUCCCUUUCUGGACUCUUGAAGCAAAAGCCAAAAUGAGAGUUGGGUUGGGUUAUAUUCUUAGAAAUCAAUGCUGGCAGCUACAACCCUUCAACCAAAAAAUAGGAAACUCACGCACACGAAACUGCAUGAGGUUACU